GGAAAAGGAAAAGGAAGAGAAAGAGGCAGCCCAGCCCAAGGAUAAAAAGAAGUCGCAAGAAGAAUCUGAAGUCUUGGGCCAGCUGAAACAAAAAGUUUUGAAGCAUAGCAUAGAAGCACACGCACACACACACACACACACAUCGACAACUCGGACCUACAAAAACAACCAGCUAAAGGAUAAAGAUACUGUUUACUGAUUACAGAUUACAGAUAACAGAUUAGAGCUUACAGAUCGGGCAGAGACCGAAGAAGAGACUCAAACUUGAAAUUACACAUACGCCGCCUGAGCGCAACAGCGGCGAAUUACAAUACUCAGAGCAGAACAAAAAAAGAGGGGAGUCAGGAGAACGCGGCUACGACAACGCCGACGACGACGACGGCGACGACGACGACGGCAUCGAGUGACAGCCAAUCACAAGCGAAGGCGAAACGCGCUCUCGCUCUCUCUCACUCUGUGUCUGUCUCUUCUAAUCGCAAGCAGGAGAAGUGGCCUGCAUGUGUGUGCCUGUUUGUGCUGUGAGAGAGCAACCGAAAGUGCAAGAGCAAGAGCAAGAGCAAGAGCAAGAACAAGAGAGCAACGCGGCAAGGGCAAGUGAGGAGAGGCAACGUGGAGAGGAGAGCGCGCGCUGCUGCUGCUGUUUGGCAUCAUCUUAUGAUGUCAUCAGAGGAGUACGACGCGGACUGUUUUGGUUUGUACAGCGAUGAGAACGAUGUGCUGCUAAAGGCAACAACAACAGCAGCAACAGCAACAGCAACAACAAUAGCCACAUCAGAGAUAGAGGCAGAGUCUAAGCAGCAGCAGCAACCCCCACAACUGGCGAAGAGCGUUGCGAUUGCGCUGCCACCACCAGCACCGCAGCCACUGCAGGCAAGCAACGGUAACGGCAGCGGCAACGUUCUGACAACACCAGCACCAGCACUAACACUAACACAAACACAAACAAACGGCAGCGACGACACGGCGAAUUGCGGCGAAAACGUUAGCGAAGCGGAGAAGCAUUGUAAGGGCAGAGGCAGCGACUCGGACGACGACGAUAACGACAACGACAACGACGAGGGCGACUCUGACUCGGACGACGUCGUCGUAAUCGAAGCAAGCAACAACAAGGCAACGACAACGACGACGACGACGACGACGACAACGGCAGCAGCAGCAGCAGCAGCGCCAACAGCCAACAGUAACUGUCGCAGUCGCAGUCGUAGCAAUCGCCGUAACGCACACAAACGGCAAAUCAGUCAGUCAACGGCCGUCGGCAAGACAACAACGAGCGCGGCUAAAAAACCAAUAGCGACUCUUGCUGCAACCAAAGUUGCCAGCAAUUGCAACUCGAACGCGAACUUGGUGAGAAAUCGUCGCACGCGCACGCGAUCCUUGAGCAAAGACUUGAGCAACAAUAACAGUAAUACUAACGGUAACAGUGUCAGUAAUAGUGUUAACAAUAACAGCUGCAGCAACGGCGGCGCAACGGCAACCGCUGCCUUCAUGAGUAGCGCUGCUGCGGCUGCUGCGGGUGCCGCUGGUGGUGCACUUCACUACACUAACAACAUCAACAUCAACAACAACAACAACACUGGCAACAUCACAAAUUUAAGCCCAACAACAAUUGCAACAACAUCAGCGGCAACAGCAACAGGAUCAACAGCAACUGCUCUAUCCGGCUGCAGUUCGCCGGGUUCGGUAAAUUCCGCCUCAUCGCUGUUGACAGCUGCCUUUGGCAAUCUAUUCGGUGGCACAUCGGCGAAAAUGUUAAACGAGCUGUUCGGGCGGCAAAUGAAGCAGGCGCAGGAUGCGACCAGUGGCCUGCCACAGAGUCUAGAUAAUGCGAUGCUGGCAGCUGCCAUGGAGACGGCAACCAGUGCGGAGCUUUUGAGUGCUGCUGGCUUGGUUAGCAGCCUUAAUAACAGCAGUAGCAACAACAGCAAAUUGCUCAACAAUAACAACAACAACAAUAACAAUACGCCGCUCAGCAAUGGCAAUAAAACCAAUAAUAAUAAUAAUGCCUCAAUAUCGCCAGGAUCGGCGCAUUCGUCAUCCUCGACCAAAGAUGGCAACAGUCGUCGUGUAUCCAAUUGCAGCGAUCGCUCACUGGAUGCGGCAGCAGUUGCAUCAGCAGAUGUUGCUGGCGGUUCACCGCCGCGUGCGGCUUCAGUCAGUUCUUUAAAUGGUGGCGCCAACAAUGAGCAGCAGCAUCAGCAACAAUUGCAACACGAUUUAGUUGCACAUCACAUGCUGCGCAACAUAUUGCAGGGGAAAAAGGAGCUAAUGCAGCUGGAUCAAGAGCUGCGCACAGCAAUGCAACAGCAGCAGCAGCAGCAACAGCAGCAACAGCAGCAGCAACAACAGCAGCAACAUCAGGAGAAACAGCAACAGGAGCUGCACUCAAAGCUCAACAACAAUACGACCACCAACAACAACAAUAAUGUUGUCACCGAGAGCAUCAAUUUGAUUGAGGAUUGCGAAAUGUCGGAGAUAAAAAUCAAAAGUGAGCCCGAACUGCUAAUAGCAGCAACAGAAGCGCCGCAUUCGCCAAACGGCGGCAGCAGUCACAGUCACAGUAGCAGCAGUAGCAGCAGCAAUAGCAACAGCAACAACAGCCACAACAGCAGCAGCAAUAGCAUUGUCAGCAAUGACAGUCUGCGUCGCAAAUCCUCUGACUCGCUGGACGAGGAACGAGCAACUCCAGCAGCAGCUGCAGUAGCAGCAGUGGCAAUAGGAGCAACAGUUGCGGAGGCAAGUGAGCAGUUGCCCACCAAAAAGGAGGCUGUCGAAGAUUUGCUGGACGAGGUGGAACUGUUGGCUUUGGCUGGACACUCGGGACACUCACGCAACUCGGAUAUGGAAUCGCUGGCAUCGCCCAGUCACUCGGACAUGAUGCUACUGGACAACAACAGCAAGGACGAGGUGCUGGACAACGAUGACAUCAUCGAGGAUGACGAUGACGAUGAGGAAGAAGAUGAUGAUUGCAUCGAAACGAAACGUGAGUCCAACAACAGCACCAACUGCCUAAAGAAACCAGGCAUGGAGCUGAAACGCGCCCGUGUCGAGCACAUUGUGUCCAGCAUGCGAUGUAGUCCCUCCUCCGUCCAGGCACAUGCUGGCCAGCUCCAAGUGAACGGUUGCAAGAAGCGAAAGCUCUAUCAGCCCCAACAGCAUGCCAUGGAACGGUACGUUGCUGCUGCAGCGGGUCUAAAUUUCGGCCUGAAUCUGCAGAGCAUGAUGCUCGACCAGGAUGACAGUGAAUCCAAUGAGCUGGAGUCCCCACAAAUCCAACAGAAGCGCGUGGAAAAGAAUGCGCUGAAGUCACAGCUGCGAUCAAUGCAGGAACAACUGGCUGAGAUGCAACAGAAAUAUGUGCAGCUGUGCUCACGGAUGGAGCAGGAAUCAGAAUGCCAGGAGCUGGACAAUGAUCACGAACAGGACAUGGACAGCAUGGAGCAGGAACAGGAACAGGAACAGGAGCACGAGCCAGAGCAACAACAGAACGAUGACAUCGAGCUCUCCCAUUCACCCAGCCUAAGCGAAUCCACGCCCAAGGAUGUAGUGGAGCGUGCCGGUUCCAGUUCUCCACCACUGAAGCCACCCAGUAACAACAGCAACAAGAGUAGCAGUGAAACCACACCCAACAUGCUCACACAGAUGAUGAGCAAAAUGAUGUCCAGCAAACUGCAACAACAGCAGCAGCAGCAGCAUAAUCCUCUAGUGGGCGUGGCACAUCCUGCCCUGCCACAAGGAUUUCCACCGCUACUGCAGCACAUGGGCGAUAUGUCGCAUGCGGCUGCCAUGUAUCAGCAAUUCUUCUUCGAGCAAGAGGCACGCAUGGCCAAAGAGGCUGCCGAGCAGCAGCAGCAACAACAACAACAGCAGCAGCAGCAGCAGCAACAACAACAGCAACAGCAGCAGCAGCAACAGGAGCAACAGCGUCGCUUUGAGCAGGAACAGGAGCAGCAGCGCCGCAAAGAGGAGCAGCAGCAACAGUUGCAGCGACAGCAACAGCACUUGCAACAACUGCAACAACAGCAGCAACUCGAGCAACAUGUUGCCGCUGCAGUUGCCGUGCCACGCGCUCAACUCCAUCCUCCCGCCCGACUACCCACAAGGAUGGGUGGUGCUGCUGCACACAAUGCUCUAAAGUCCGAACUCUCGGAGAAGUUUCAAAUGCUGCGACAGCAGAACAGCAACAACAACAGCAGCAGCAAUAGCAAUAACAGCAACAACAACAACAGCUCAAUGAUGCGAAUGUCUGGCACGGAUCUGGAGGGCUUAGCUGAUGUGCUCAAAUCAGAGAUAACGACAUCAUUGUCCGCAUUGGUGGACACGAUUGUCACCCGCUUUGUGCAUCAGCGUCGUCUGUUCAGCAAGCAGGCGGAUUCAGUGACCGCAGCAGCGGAGCAGCUCAACAAGGAUCUGAUGUUGGCCUCGCAGAUACUCGACCGGAAGUCGCCGCGAACGAAGGUCGUCGCGGAUCGGGGAACGGGCGCCCAAAAUGGUCCGACGCCAGCAACACAAUCAGCGGCGGCCAUGUUUCAGGCGCCCAAAACGCCACAGGGCAUGAAUCCCGUUGCAGCCGCAGCGCUCUACAACUCGAUGACGAGUCCCUUCUGCCUGCCACCAGAUCAACAGCAGCAGCAGCAGCAGCAAGCCGCACAGCAGCAACAGCAACAGCAGCAGCAACAACAGCAGCAGCAGCAACAAAGCGCACAGCAAACCCAACAGCAAUUGGAGCAGAAUGAGGCUUUGAGCCUGGUCGUAACACCCAAGAAGAAGCGUCAUAAGGUCACCGAUACGCGUAUAACACCACGUACCGUUAGUCGCAUAUUAGCUCAGGAUGGCGUUGUGCCGCCCAGUGGACAGGCAGCAGCAGCAGCAGCAGCAGUUGCUGCCGCACAGCAGCAACAGCAACAACAGCAACAGCAGCAGCAGCAGCAACAGCAGCAGCAGACCAAUAAUAACAAUAACAGCAGCAAUGCAACGCCAGCACAGAGCCCAACGGGUCGUGGCCAGUCCACGGGCACAUAUCAUCCGCCACCACCACCACCACCACCCAUGAUGCCUGUGUCCUUGCCUACCUCGGUGGCCAUACCAAAUCCAUCGUUGCACGAGUCCAAGGUCUUCUCGCCGUACAGUCCAUUCUUUAAUCCUCAUGCGGCGCCGGGUCCACACGGUCCGCCACAUGGUGGGCAGCCAAGUGCUGCCCAGUUGCACCACCAGCACCACCAUCCGAUGCAGCUGUCGUCAAGUCCGCCGGGCAGUUUGGGCGCCCUAAUGGACUCGCGUGACUCACCGCCACUGCCACAUCCGCCAACGAUGCUGCAUCCCGCUCUCCUCGCAGCCGCUCAUCAUGGCGGCUCGCCGGAUUACAAGACCUGUCUGCGUGCCGUCAUGGAUGCCCAGGAUCGACAGUCCGAGUGCAACUCGGCCGAUAUGUCAUUCGAUGGCAUGCAACCUACUAUAUCCUUUUUAAAACAACAACAACAGCAACAAUCCCUGCAAUCCGGAGAGCAUUCAAUGCUAAUGGUCAACAAUCAUUGCGAAUCCUUGACUCCUCUGCACUCUUCAACAUUGACACCGAUGCACCUGCGCAAGGCGAAACUGAUGUUCUUCUGGGUCCGCUAUCCAAGCUCAGCGGUGCUCAAGAUGUACUUCCCGGACAUCAAGUUCAACAAAAAUAAUACAGCACAAUUGGUGAAAUGGUUCUCGAAUUUUCGAGAAUUCUACUACAUACAAAUGGAGAAAUAUGCACGACAAGCUGUCACUGAAGGCAUCAAGACACCCGAUGAUCUGUUGAUUGCUGGAGAUAGUGAAUUAUAUCGCGUGCUCAAUUUGCACUACAAUCGCAAUAAUCACAUUGAGGUACCCCAAAAUUUUCGCUUUGUGGUCGAACAGACACUGCGUGAAUUUUUCCGUGCAAUACAGGGUGGCAAAGACACCGAGCAAUCGUGGAAGAAAUCCAUAUACAAAAUAAUCUCACGCAUGGACGAUCCCGUGCCCGAGUACUUCAAGUCGCCGAAUUUUUUAGAGCAGCUGGAAUAAGUGGAGGAGUUGGCUUUGCCAACAAUGCCACCGCCCCUGAAUCAUCCUACGAACCCUGCUACGACUACUACUACAACAACUGCAACAACAACAAGAGCAGCAACAACAACAACAACAAUGCCGAAAGCGAAGCGAAAACAAAAGUCAAAAAGUUAAAUCUACGUAAGAAAUACAACUGGAUAUAAUGCACAGUAACGUUGUAUUAUAGACACACAUCAUCAAAACAGAGGCAACACUUUCUUAAGUAUUCGCAGAUUUAGGCCUCUCGUCGAAAAACAGUAAAAACAAAAAGAAAAACAGCAACAACUAAAACAUAUUCAAAUUCAAUACAAAAAUUCUGUAGAGCCGUAAAAUAUUUUUUCAAAAAUUUCGAAAAUGCCGUCGACGCUCUGCGGAGCGUACUAAAAGCAACAAAAUACAAAUAUAGCCGCAUUUCGCAUUAGGUUUGAUGCAACAACAAACAGCAACAACAACAACACCAAUUCAUACAAACACAUACCUGAACAACAAGCCUCAGCCACCAAAUAAUUGAUCGCUGAAAAGUAUGCAUCGCUUUUGAACAAGAAAUACUAUAGUGCAAAUUAAAAAAAAAAAAACAAAAACAAAAUAUAAAAAAAACACCUGAGCCGUUAAAAACAGAGAAACUCUCACACAUACCAAAAAAUGUAUCUAUGCAGAGUGUAAACUGUACUCUGACCGUUGGUUUGCUAGUUGAAAUUUUUUAAAAAAUAUUUUUACAAUACGUAUAUAUUUAAAAUACAUACAUAGUUGAGCCGUCUAAUAAUCUACCGAAAGUUGACACACAUUCACAUUCACACAAACACACAUUUCAAAUACAAACACAACCACACCCACACUAAUACACAUCGGUACAGUUUUCGCAGAAAUUUAAAGUGUGUUUUUAGCCGAUUGAAAAGUGCUUUCCGGUUGGAGCAAUCGCUUUGAUUAAUCGGCUCCAAUUGCAGACCAACUUUUCAGUACGUAUUUACAGACAGUAUUGCACAAGCUUUAAAAAAGUCUCGUGCAAUUCUGUUGCUUAAAUCAACAAACAUAUUAAUUAAAUAAGCCAAGUUCAGGUUGCUUCUUUCCUUUUAACCUUAAGCAUAUAUUCGAUGUCUAUUAAAAAAAAAAAACCAAAAAUAUAAAAUUUAAAAAAAAAAUGAUCAAGAAAAAAAGUAUAAAAUCUUGCGCGUAGUAUUUUAAAACGAACAAUUAAUAAUAAUUUGUAUUAGCAGAGGGCGUUAGGGUAGCUAAAUUUUAUAUAAUGUUAUGCAAACAUACGACCAAAGUUAAUUGUUAAAAAAUCUAAAUUUGAAUGCGAUUUAUUUUUGAAACAUGCCCCAUAA